ACACUCCGAGUUAAGUGCAAGGAGGUGGGUGGGGUCGAGGGACAGGCGUUCAUCUUUUUCUGUUGGAAGCAGCGUUAAGACAAGUGUGCGCGUUGGCCUGCUUUUCGGGUGCUCCUCCGGUUCAGUGUUCUGCGGGCCCCUGCCCCAGCCCCUACCCCACAGUCAGACAGUCUUUGUCAGCCCGGGUCGUCCCACAUCCUGCCACCUGGCCUCUCAGGAAAGCAGUGGUAUUAAGUAAGGAAGGAGCUCAGCUCUUUUGAGACCGCUUUGUUUUCAGUUCUCCCUGUCUCUGAUCUUCUUUCCUUGGAAAGCUGGUCUGGUCUAGUGUCUGGGGGCAGCAUUUGGAGAGAACCAUUUUUCAUGAAACAGCUCUCUCUGGACCACAGCCCUAGUGUCCCCAGUGACUGCACAUCCAGUUACUGCCCCCUUCUCGCUGUCUAAGGUGCUUCUUUGAUUUUUACAAUUCCUCAUGCAAUGUUUGAAGUGUCGGCGGGAUACUUUUCCUGAAAUUCGGGUGAGGCAUUUGUGGAUAAAAAGCCAGUGAGGUAACCAACGUAAAAGUAAUGUUAAGGGUAACAGCGUACAUCUUGACCUGGAAGGGCAUGACAGUCAUAGGUCAGGAGAAUCUAUUCCUUAAUCUUAAAUGUGGAGAAGUCCAAGAACGGGGAGCUUGGGCUGUGCAUUUUGAUUCUUUUAAGGAGGCACUUCUGCACACUGUGCGAGGCUAAGCCUAUGAAUGAGAUGACCUUGAGCCAUCCAGUAUUGACAUUUGCAUGUCUUGCAUAUGGUUUACAGCCCUCACUAGUUAAGGUCUUUGCUGAAAGAUUUUUAAGUCAGAAGAGAAUAAUAGAAGACCCAGAAAAACAAAAAGGCAGCACUUAGCUUGUUUCAAAUCUUUUUCCUUCCCGCCUCUUCCCCUCUGAGAGCAGCAGGCGCUUGUGGGAACACCUUGCGUUGUGGGAAUAGCGAGGGGCAGGUGUUGGAAGUUGUGGCAUCUGGGCAGAGCUCUCUGUGCUGGAUGGUGAGGAACCUGGGCGGGACCUGUGCUUCUGUUGCCUUGGCUGCAGACCGAGAAUAGGGUCAACUUUGAUUUUUUAGCCCCAGCAUUAAGCAUGGCACUCGACCUUCAGUAGGUGGUCAGGCAGUGCUUCUUGAGUGAUGAACAGAUGAAUGAGUGAUACCGUGAGACUUUUGCCAUGCCACAAAGCAGAAAUGUGUGUAAUGUUUCUGUCCCUUCAUUGUGCUUGGGGUCCUGUUAUAAUUUUGCCCACUUCCACCUUCAGAGAAUGUCUGACGUCAAAGGACAGGUUACCAGCUGACCCAGAGAGUGACGUCUCCCAGGCCUCACUGGCAAUCAGGAUAGGAAUCCUUAUCCAAAACGAUCACCAGAAAACUCCUCGGAAGCAACGUCAGGGUCAUCUAGUCCAACCUCUCUACCUUGAGCCACAAGAAUUUAAACCACUUUAUCAAUGGCUUUAAGAGAGCGUAGUCCCACUUAGGAGUGGCUUCCCUAAAAUCCAGGUUUCUUCUUACUCGUAGAUAGGUUUAAGGUCUUUCUCAACUAAAAGCUUGCCUAGUCAAAUACACAUACUAUGAUACAGGAGUGAGGUUAACAGUUCCCAUGAAACUUCCUAGGGAAUAUCUUCAUGCUCUAAACCCAUCUUUGUCUCAUCUUGGAAACCCAGAUGUAUUGUGAGGCACCCUCCUGAGGCUUAGGAAUGAGAACUGGGUUUCUACACAGCCACACACUGCAAAGAUCCCACGUUGCAUCAAUUCACAACAUCCCAUGCCGUUGGCGUGGGUUGUAGAUGCUGGGGUUUGCCCGGUCUUCUUUCAUUUGUCCUGAGUGUCCCCCUGGCUGAAACAUCAUUCCUUAUCUGCUUCCAGACUUUUCAUUUCUUUCCACCAGAAAGAAAGAAUGCUUAAAGAUUUCACGGUGAAGACGGCGGGUGUGUGUGUGUGGGGGGGGAAUGUAUUAUCCAAGUGUUGGUUGAUCAUAAAUCUGGUUGGCAGUUGAAAUGAUUGAGCUCUAAUGCCUGCUCUUGGAAGUGUGAAAUUUCUUCUUCUGUUAUUGUUAUUUUUCUCUUUCUUAUUCUGAUCUUGUAAAGUUCAGUGGAGAGGUUCUGAAAGAUUGCUUAUUAUCUGGUCUUAAAACUGCAAAGCAUCUUACUGGAUAUAGGCUUUUUUCGUUGGUUAUACUCAGUUAAAACUCUAUAAAUUUUAGAAUACAUUUUAGAAAUAAGCUCUCUAUAAAUAUUUCACCUUGGGGCUAAAGGAGAAACUUGAAUCAGCAGCCUAUGUGACAACAUAAUAUUUCAAGAUUUCUCACAAAACAUUUACUUUCCAGUAUAGGGAGGGAGGGCUUACAAGAGAGGAAUCAAGGCUUUGCCUAAGAGCAAGGGGAGUGGUCAUAGGGGAGGAGCCACGGACUUGUCAGGACUACCUUGUGCCUGGCACUGGCAUUCAGGGCUCCCGAGAUCCAGUGGCUGUGUCAGAGUAGCGUCAGAAUGAGAUGGGGGCUUGUUGGUUACGAGGUACAGUACCUGUCGCUGACAGAUGGGCUUGGCUCCCUGACAAACGUUACUGAAAACGCGGGUUAUUCCCCUCCUCCUCAGUACCCACUCUCCGCCUUCCUUCUCUUGUUUAGACUAAUCUGUAAAAGUGAUGUAACUUAAAAGAGUCCAGUGUGAGUUCAUCUUGGGGGCCAGCUAGUAUCCUGGGACUAGAGGCGGCUAAGAUCUUUUGCCUACAGAUCAGGGUAAUGACCAGAUCAAACACAGGGGUUUCCUGCCGCCAGGUAUAUAGGAGCGGUAUCGGAGUUGGACUCACGGAAUGGGUUUUGUCCCCCACUCCUCUUCAGGUGUUGCAGAGCACCAUGGCUGAACAACUCCUUCCCCAGGCUUUGUAUUUGAGCAACAUGCGGAAAGCUGUGAAGAUACGAGAGAGAACUCCAGAAGAUAUAUUUAAGCCUACCAACGGGAUCAUUCACCAUUUCAAAUCCAUGCACCGGUACACGCUGGAAAUGUUUAGAACUUGCCAGUUUUGUCCCCAGUUUCGGGAGAUCAUCCACAAAGCGCUCAUUGACAGAACCAUCCAGGCCUCCCUCGAAAGCCAGAAGAAGCUGAACUGGUGUCGAGAAGUCAGGAAGCUGGUGGCCCUGAAAACGAACGGCGAUGGAAACUGCCUCAUGCACGCUGCUUCCCAGUACAUGUGGGGUGUUCAGGACACAGACUUGGUCCUGAGGAAGGCACUCUUCAGCACUCUCAAGGAGACAGAUACGCGCAACUUUAAAUUCCGCUGGCAGCUGGAGUCUCUUAAGUCUCAGGAGUUUGUGGAAACGGGGCUUUGCUAUGACACUCGGAAUUGGACCGAUGAGUGGGACAGCCUCGUCAAAAUGGCAUCCACAGACACACCCAUGGCCCGAGGCGGACUUCAGUACAACUCACUGGAAGAAAUACACAUCUUUGUCCUUUGCAACAUACUCAGAAGGCCGAUCAUUGUCAUUUCAGACAAAAUGCUGAGAAGUCUGGAAUCGGGUUCCAAUUUCGCUCCUUUGAAGGUGGGCGGGAUUUACCUGCCUCUCCACUGGCCGGCCCAAGAAUGCUACCGAUACCCCAUCAUUCUCGGCUACGACAGCCAGCACUUUGUACCCCUGGUGACCCUGAAGGACAGCGGACCUGAAAUCCGAGCUGUUCCACUUGUUAACAGAGAGCGAGGAAGAUUUGAAGACUUAAAAGUUCACUUUUUGACCGAUCCUGAAAAUGAGAUGAAGGAAAAGCUCUUGAAAGAGUACUUGAUGGUGAUCGAAAUCCCCGUCCAAGGCUGGGACCACGGCACCACCCAUUUGAUCAAUGCUGCAAAGCUGGAUGAAGCUAACUUACCAAAAGAAAUAAACUUGGUAGAUGAUUACUUUGAACUCGUCCAGCACGAGUACAAGAAGUGGCAGGAGAACAGUGAGCAAGAGCGGAGAGAGGCGCAUGCUCAGAACCCUUUGGAACCUUCCGUGCCCCAGCUCUCCCUCAUGGACGUAAAAUGUGAAACGCCCAACUGUCCUUUCUUCAUGUCCGUGAACACCCAGCCUUUGUGCCACGAGUGCUCCGAGAGGCGGCAAAACAACCACACCAAGUCCUCAAAGCUGCACUCCAAGCCGGGCCCCGAGGGGCUCCCAGGCGUGGCGGCCGGGGCCUCGCGGGGUGAGGCCUACGAGCCCGGGGGCUGGAGCCCCGAGGAGCCGACCGGGGGGCCUCAUUCGGCCCCUCCGACGGCGCCCAGCCUUUUCCUGUUCAGCGAGACCACCGCCAUGAAAUGCAGGAGCCCCGGCUGCCCUUUCACGCUGAACGUGCAGCACAACGGAUUCUGUGAGCGGUGCCACCAGGCCCGGCAGCUUAACGGGGGCCACACCUCGGACAGCAUGAGGCACUUAGACCCCGGGAAGUGCCGAGCCUGCCUGCAGGAUGUCACCAGGACGUUUAAUGGAAUCUGCAGUACUUGCUUCAAAAGGACUACGGCGGAACCCUCCUCGGGCCUCAGCUCCAGCGUCCCUCCUUCCUGUCACCAGAGGUCCAAGUCGGACCCCUCGCAGCUCAUCCAGAGUCUCUCCCCACAUUCUUGCCGCAGAGCUGGGACCGAGGCUCCCUCUGGCUGCCUCUCUCAGGCCCCACGGACUCCAGGGGACAGGACAGGGACGAGCAAGUGCAGAAAAGCCGGCUGCAUGUAUUUCGGGACUCCAGAAAACAAAGGCUUCUGUACGCUGUGUUUCAUCGAGUACAGAGAAAACAAACAUUUCGUCGCCGCUUCCACGAAGGCCAGUCCCACAGCCCCCAGGUUCCAGAAUGCCGUCCCCUGCCUGGGGAGGGAAUGCGGCACCCUCGGAAGCACCGUGUUCGAAGGGUACUGCCAGAAGUGUUUCAUCGAAGCGCAGACCCAGAGAUUUCACGAGGCGAAAAGGACUGAAGAGCACCUGAGAUCGAGCCAGCGCAGAGACGUGCCUCGGACCACGCCGAGCGCCUCAAGGCCCAAGUGCGCCCGGGCCUCCUGCAAGAACAUCCUGGCCUGCCGCAGCGAGGAGCUCUGCAUGGAGUGCCAGCACCUCAGCCAGCGAGCGGGCCCGACGCCGCACCGGGGCGAGCCGGCCCCCGAGGAGCCGCCCAAGCAGCGCUGCCGCGCCCCCGCCUGCGACCACUUCGGCAACGCCAAGUGUAACGGCUACUGCAACGAGUGCUUCCAGUUCAAGCAGCUGUACGGCUGACGGCAGCGGUGGCCCGCCCGGCCGCCGGGGGCCUCGAGCCACUAGCCAGCAUGGUGCUAUGCCCUCAACGCGCUGACGCCGCCGAGGGCCGUCCCCGCGGCAGAGAGCUCCCGGGGGCUUCCAGCCGGGAGGGAAGAUAAGCUCUCGGUCGCCGUCGCGGGGAACGUUCCCAGGCGGCCCUCGAGCGAAGCUAGCGACUGGCGGUGGAUGGUGUCGGUCCGGCCCAGAGCUCGUCCUCACCUGCCGCGCGGAAGGCCGGGAGCCGCGUGGCCUCGGGACGCGUGGCAGGACCGCUCCGUCGUCCCGGGCGGGCCGGGGAACCCGGAGCCCUUCCUCCCGGCCAGCCCCGCAUCGGCCUCGCUCACAGACGUGAAGCCGAAGCCCCACGGCCCGCGGGCCCUCUGCCAGACGCCCGGGAAGCUCAGGGAGAGUGGACAUAUUCGGAGUGUCAGUAGUUAGUGGUUUUUCCCCACCUGCCUGGCUCCUCGCCCACGGACACGGCAGAAGCAGAACCAUCCACAGACUGAUUCUGAGGCCUGCUGCAACCGAACACGUUCACACUGAAAAGCAAACCAGCUGCUCUUUACAGUAUGCACCUUGGAAAAAUCCAGUUAUUUCCAUAGGGGGAAGACGUGUGACUCUCUUGGUUACCACCGUCUUCCCUUCGAAGUUAGGGUGAUGUGUGCAUCAAAGUGUGUACAUGUAUAAUGUGCCCUUAUAUUACGUAUGAGGGAUUUUUUUCUUAUUCCGGUGAAAUGCUGCCCUAGAGAUUUAAGUAGGAAGACUGAAUAACAACCUAUUUUCUGGUUGUCGUCAGGGGCACCGUCUGUAUAUAGCUUGCGUGAAUUUAACCAGCUGCCUUGUUAAAGUGAGCUCGCUGUUGUGUUUACGUAAGUCACUUUAUUUAUUUUAUUGCAGACUUCAACAUUAUUUAAAUGAAGAUGUUUCUUCUGCUUUGGGGAAAACGCUUGCUGUAGUGUCUUGAAAUAACAUGGUCAUAGUGGUUCGUGUCACCGGCACUGGCACAAGUCCCUGACUGCGUUGGGGAUUUGGCCUCUUCGAUGCACUUUGGUUUGCCUUCCCUAAGAAAGAAGGAAUUGCAUCAAAGGUUAAUUCAUUAAAAGCUCAUGCUUCUUAAUGAAGCUUUCGGUCAGAGCCACUUCUCAGCCAUAUGAUAAGAAACAGUAGAGACAUGCAUCUGAGUAUCCUACCUCCUUAGAGAUGAAAUUAGGAAGGAACAGGGAUGAGAUUGGAGAAGGUCACAGGGAAGGUGUGGCCUUUAAUGAUGGUUUUAUUUGCUGUGCUAAUGCUAUGUCCCCAGGUGCUGGCAGUGACCUCACAUCCAGUGGCCCCUUAGCAUUGGGACAGCAAAACCCUGUGACCAUGAGCUUAAGGAAAUUUCUUUCUGUCCUCAGCCUGCAGUUUCUCGAUAUGCUUUGUAUUAUUGUCAUACUUGUUCUAGACAAAACGGGGAAACACAUUGUUCCCAGAGGUAAAGGCUGCCUAUAACUCUACGUAGCCUUUACAUGUGUUAUCUGACAUGUUUGCCACUCGCGAUGCCGCCAGCCUCUUUGCUGGACAUCAAUCUUAAUAAUUUUUUUCUAAAGAUUUGAAAUAAACUUCAGUGUUCAGCUAGUUCUUCUACAGUUUGUAUUUUAAUAUUUUGUGUUUAUCAAUAUUUUCAUUCUUAAUGUGAAAAAAUGGAAUUAUUUAUACUUAAUAUAGAAAGCAUUUGAAAUUUGCACAUUUAGUUGUCUCUAAUAGCCAUUUACUCUGUUGAAUUUCUUCAAGUUUUCCUAAAUAAGUGUAACUUUUUACAGAAGUCACUAUUAAAAAAUAAAUUAUUUAAGAACAGAU